AUGGCCGAAUCUUUUUUUUCCGACUUUGGCUUGUUGUGGUACCUGGAGGAACUCAGAAAGGAAGAGUUCUGGAAAUUUAAGGAGCUUCUCCUGCGAGAACCUCUGAAAUAUGAACUCAAGCCCAUUCCCCGGACUGAGCUAAAGAAGGCUUCAAGAGAAGAUCUAGCAAAGUUAUUGGACAAAUACUACCCAGGAAAACAGGCAUGGGAGGUGACGCUGAGCAUUUUUCUACAGAUCAAUCGGAGAGACCUCUGGAAGAAGGCUCAGGAAGAGAUUAGGCAUGAGAUAAACCCAUACAAAAAGCACAUGAAGGAAAAGUUCCAACUUAUAUGGGAAAAGGAAACUUGUCUACAAGUCCCUGACUCUUUCUAUAGAGAAACCAUAAAGAAGGAGUAUGAAGAACUGAACAAUGCAUAUACUUCUAAGGAGACAAGUGAGGGCUCCCCCACAGUGGUCCUAAAAGGUUCGGAAGGAACUGGGAAAACCACCCUUUUGAGAAAAGUGAUGUUGGAAUGGGCAGAAGGAAACUUCUGGAAGGGCAGAUUCACAUUUGUUUUCUUCCUCAGUGCCUGUGAAAUGAACUGUGUUACAGAGACAAGCUUAGUUGAGCUAAUUUCUAGAGACUGGCCUGAAUCUUCAGAGCCAAUUAAAGACAUCUUUUCCCAGCCACAGCACAUCCUGUUCAUCAUGGAUGGCUUUGAGGAAUUGAAAUUUAACUUGAGGCUUAAGGAUAACACGUGCAAUGACUGGAGGCAGCAGCAGCCAAUACAGAUUAUCCUGAGCAGUUUGCUGCAGAAAAAAAUGCUUCCAGAGUCUUCUCUGCUUAUUGCAUUAGGGCCUAUGGGUAUGCAAAAACAUUAUUUCUUGUUGCAGCACCCAAAAUACAUAGUUGUCUCAGGAUUCUCUGAGCAUGAAAGGAAGCUCUAUUGCUCUCACUUUUUCCAUGAAAAGAAUAAAGCCAUGAAAGCCUUCAGUUUUGUGAGAAACGAUGGAUCCCUGUUUUCUGUGUGCCAAAAUCCCCUUCUGUGCUGGUUAGUUUGCUGUUGUAUGAAAUGGCAGCUGGAGAGGGGAGAAGAUCUUAAUAUUGUUUGCCAGAGCUCUACCUUUUUGUACGCAUCCUUUUUUAUAAAUGCAGUAAAAGCAGGAGGUGAGAACAGAGCCCAACUAAAAGGCCUGUGCUCUCUGGCAGCAGAGGGAAUAUGGACUCGGACAUACCUGUUUUGCCAUGGGGAUUUCAGGAGCAAUGGACUCUCUGAAUCUGAUGUCUGGAGGUGGUUGGGAAUGAACCUUCUCCGAAGGAAUGGUGACCGCAUUACCUUUAUCCAUAGGCAUGUCCAAGAGUUCUAUGCAGCCAUGUUUUAUUUGCUAAAACAACCCAAAGACAACUCUAACCCAAUCAUUGGCAGCAUCACCCAGUUUGUCGCAACAGGUCUCAGCCAAAUUGAACUCUGCCUGUCCCACAUGGGGCUAUUUUUGUUUGGACUUUCAACAGAAAAAAUAACUAAAAUGCUGGAAAUAUCCACUGGUUUCCAACUGUCAAAAGAGAUAAAGCAGGAAAUAAUUCAGUGUCUAAAAAGUGUAAGUCAAUAUGGAUCCAAUGAGACAGAGCUGGAUUUCCAGGAAUUGUUCAAUGGCAUAUAUGAAACCAGGGAAAAAGAAUUUGCAGCACAAGUAAUGGAUUUCUUUGAAGAAGUUAUCGUUUAUAUUAGCAACACAGAGGAAUUGAUAAUAACUUCAUACUGCCUAGAACAUUGCCGAAAGUUGCAGAGACUUGUACUGGGUAUAGAAAAUGUCUUUUCAGAUGACUCUGAAUUCAUCUCAAGGGACUGGAAGCUCAUCUCUUGGCAGAACCUUUGCUCAGUGUUCAGCACCAACAAGAACCUGAAGGUGUUUGAGUUGGACAAUUGUCACCUCAGCUAUGACUCCCUGGUGAUUCUUUGUAAAGCAAUGGCACAGCCCACUUGUAAACUCCAAAGGCUCUUGUUUCAUUGUGUGUCUGACAUUGGAGAUAGUCCAGACUUCUUCAAGGCCAUUCUUCAUAAUCCCCAUCUGACAUACCUGAACCUAUAUGACACUAGCCUCUCUUACGCUGCAGUCAGGCAGCUAAGUAGGAUGCUAAAGCGUCCAACGUGCAACAUUGAGAAGCUAAUGUUGGGAAAAUGUAACAUCCGACUUGAAGCUUGUGAAGAUAUUGCCUCUGUCCUCAUCUGCAACAAUAAGCUGAAGCAUCUCUCACUUGCAGAAAAUCCCCUGAAUGAGGAAGGAACAAUGGUGCUGUGUGAUGCCCUGAAGCAUCCCAACUGUGCCCUGGAGACACUGGUGUUAAAUUACUGUUGUCUCUCCUCUGUCUCCUGUGACUACAUCUCCCAAGUUCUUUUGUAUAGCCAGUCCCUGACCCUUCUUGAUCUGGGGUCAAAUAACUUGGAAGACAGUGGAGUGAAUUCUUUAUGUGAAGCCUUGAAGAGCUCAUACUGUCACAUAGAGGAGUUAUGGCUGGCGAAUUGUUUCCUCACUGCUGACUGCUGUAAGGACAUUUCCUCCGUUCUUAUUAGCAAUGAAAAACUAAAGACCCUGAAACUUGGGAACAAUACAAUACUAGAUGUUGGUGUCAAACAGUUAUGUGUAGCUUUGAAGCAUCCUAACUGUAAAUUACAGAAUCUUGGGCUAGAAAGAUGUAGUCUCACCACUGCCUGCUGUGAGGACCUCGCCUCUGCUCUCACUGCCUGCAAAACACUGAGAAGUCUGAACCUGGACUGGAAUGCCUUUGACCAUGACGGGGUGGUGUUGCUGUGUGAGGCACUGAGCCAACUGGACUGUGCCCUGCAGACUCUUGGGUGAGUGAACAUUGAUUCCUAUGGUAGUGUAUGACAUCAUAGCAAGGUUAGUCUAUUAUGUUGUUGUUAGUUUUCAUCAGGUUGACUCCGACUCGUGGUGACACCCUGUGUUGCAGGGUAAAACCGCUUCAUAGUAUUUUCAAGGCCGUGACCUUUCAGAAAUAGAUCGCCAGGCCUGUCUUCUGAGGCACUGCUGGGUGGGUUCAAACUGCCAACCUUUCAGCGAGUAGUCAACUGCUUAACCACUUGUGCUACCCAAGGACUCCUUAGUCUAUUAUAGAGUAGUUCAACCCUGGCACAAUUGACAUUUGGGCUGGGUCAUUCUUUGUCUUGGUGGGUUGCUCUGUGCAUUAUAGGAUGUUGAGCAGCCUCCCUGGUGUCUACCCACUAGGUGCCAAUAGCACCCCUUCAAGUCAUGACAGUCAAAAACAUCUCCAGACAUUGUCAGAUAUCUCCUGGUAUGCAAAACCACCUGUAAAAAUGGCGAGGGAAGGUGUCUGUCUUCUAACUUCACAAGGCCGAAGGAGAAUCAAGAUCAACAGCCCAAGGCUGACUCCUAUGAGGCAGAGGUCAGACAUACCUCAUCUCACCAGGCCUUUUUACCAAUUCUGACACUAUUUGUCCCUCACACGGUGUAUUCUACUUCUUUGCUGAGUUUGAUAAUUCAUUGCAAUGGCCACACAGAGCUCACAGUAUCAGUGGGGCCAUGCUGUCUCUGAAGACUCUACAGGGAGAUCCUUCCUUUCUUAACUCCUCCAGCUACUGUUACCUCAGAUGUUCCUUGGCUUGUGGCAGCAUUACUCCUAUCUCUGCCUCUU